UGUACAAUUUCACUCUCAGAUCAGUCAAGGUCCGUAACCUCCCAAAGAUAUAUCUCAGACCAGCAGCUGCCAAAAAUUAAAAGAGAUGGAGGAUAUAAUUGUAGCCAUUCUUUCAAUGCUUCUUGUUUUAGCAUUAAUUCCGCUUUAUGUUUGGAAACGUCGUCAAGAUUCUCGAUCUUCCGACGAACCAGUAGAAGAAGAUGUUCAGGUUCGGCAGAGGGAAACUGUGGUACGAGCCACAGGUGCCCGUCGGAUGCGUAGAAGACCAGCUCCGGGUGCCAGCACAUCUUCAGGCCCAUCAACCGUAGAGGAAACUGUUGGGGGAAGUGAUGAGGAAGUUGCUGAAGGUGAGGAUUACACUGCUAAAGCAUCAAAGAAAAGGGAAAAGAAAAGACAGGAACGGGAAGCACAACGUCAGGCUGAAGAGGCUUCACGUGAUUCACGACAAACAAAGCAAGACCGCUAUGCAGAAAUGAGGAGAAGAAAGGAUGAGGAGCGUGAAGCUCAAGAACGUAUGCUGGAAGAAGAAGCCGAAGCUCAAAAGGCCCAGGAGGAAAGAGCUGCUGCAAUAGAGUUUGAAAAGUGGAAAGGGGAAUUUUCAGUUGAUGGUGAAGGUACUACCGAAAAUGAAGUGCAAGAUGAGAACCAAGACUUGCUUUUUGAUUUUGUGGAAUAUAUAAAGAAACAGAAAUGUGUACCUUUGGAAGACCUUGCUGCAGAGUUUAGGUUACGAACUCAGGUAACUCGUGUGCUAUUUAUCCUCCUCCCACCACCAUAACAGCAGCAAUCUUGGUGAUUUAUUGGAUGUUAAAUAAUUGUUUUUCACCCCUUUUAAAGAUGUAUCUGCCGAUUAUAGGUUUUUUACUUCUUAUAAAUAUGUUACCGUGCAUCAUGUUUGCACAUUUCCCUUGUCAAAGUAUAUUGGGUUUAUGCUGAUUGAUUUUAUAUCACUUCCUUAUCACACCAUGCAACUUUUGGUUGAUGCAGGACUGUAUCAAUCGCAUCACCUCACUGGAAACUAUUGGACGACUAUCUGGUGUCAUGGAUGAUAGAGGAAAAUACAUUUACAUAUCACAGGAAGAGAUGAAAGCUGUUGCUGACUAUAUCAAGCGGGAAGGUAGAGUUAGCAUCUCGCACCUCGCCAGCAAGUCCAACCAGUUCAUAGAUUUGGAACCGAAACUGCAGUUAGUAGAAGAUAUCAGCAGUGUAGAGGAGAUAGCUGCUGCUUGAUUUACUUCGGUGAAUGUAUAGAAAUGUUUAGUCAUCCUAUACAUCUCUAUCUCUUGCAUCACCUGAUCUUAUACUAGCUAAGAGAAGAGGAAUAACUUUGUUUAGGCGCCUGGAUGAAGAUAUCCAAUGAUUUUCUUUGUACUGUCAACACCAGGCCAAAAAUAGGAGUAAACAAUGAAAGUGCAUAGUACCAAGUACAAGUGAACUUGAUAUUUUUUGACCUUUUCUAUUGUCCUGUACUGGAUUCAUCUUAAUCAAAACCAUCUCGGAAUGACACAACCAGAGCAACAUUUGAG